AUGAAGUCCCUCGCCGCAACCCUCGUGGGUCUGAUCGCGCCCGUCCAGGCUGGCCUCCGCUUCCCAUGCUCAACCCUCACCAUCCAACGUCUCGACCCCGUCGUCGAGCCGGGCAACAUCCCCUCCGCUCACGUCCACCACAUCGUCGGCGGCAACGCCUUCAACGCCACCAUGGAAGGCGACGUCGGCGAGCGAGCCACCUGCACGACCUGCCAAAUGUCGGAGGACUUUUCCAACUACUGGACUGCCCACCUCUACUUCAAGCACCCGACCAACGGGUCGUACCACCGCGUGCCUGUGCUCCCCGUCCAGCCUCUGCUGGGUGGAUCCCAGGGUGCGCAGGGAGGGUUGACGGUGUAUUACACCCAGUUUGAUCUCACGAGAGAUAACCUGGGGAAGCAGAAGAUUACUUCUUUUCCCCCUGGCUUCCGCAUGACAGUAGGCACCCCGACCGAGCCCGGCAAACCCCGCGUCGGCCUCCGCUACCAAUGCCUCCAAGGCCAAAACCGCGGCCGCGAACUCGACGACUUCCCCACCGGCCCCUGCAGCGGAGGCAUCUUCACCACCCACCACUUCCCCGCCUGCUGGGACGGCAAAAACCUCGACUCGCCUGACCACCAGUCCCACAUGUACAACACCGUCACCCGGGACGGGUUCCUCAACGCGGGGCCGUGCCCUUCUUCGCAUCCGAUCCGGAUGCCGCAGGUUGCGUUUGAGACGGUGUGGGACACUACAAAGUUUAAUAGCAUGUGGCCGUCGGGAGGGAAGAACCCGUUUGUGUGGAGCUUUGAGGGGACGGGGGGUGGGACGCAUGCGGAUUAUAUGUUUGGGUGGAAGGGGGAUAGUCUGCAGAGGGCGAUGGACAAGAGUGAGUGUUUUUAUGAUGGGUGUGGGAGUAUUCAGAAGCAGCAGAUGGCGGUGGCGAAUAGGUGUGCAAUCAAGGAGACGGUGGUGGAACAGACGGAUGGGUGUAAGUUUUCCCUGGAGUCAAUGAGAGAGAGAAAAGUGCUGACGUUGUGGCAGGGAUGGUGA